UAUUCUUCCUCUUUUCAGUUUCCCAAAAGCUGCCGUUAUCUACCACGUAAUUCACCGAAUGGGGUGUACAAGAUACGACCGCUGCCAUACGUUAAGCCUAUUGAAGUGUACUGCGAGAUGUCCAUCUAUGGCGGUGGAUUCACCUUUCUUCCUCGAAGCCUAACUAGAGCACCACAUGCCUACAGGAUUGUAAAUGUACUUUUUCGAGACAGAAGAAACGUCUUGCUGAAGUUGCAGAAAAAAGUUGGUCUCAGUGAGUCAUAUACCCUGAUCCAGCCUCAUCCUUACUUCACCAGAACGAUGUUUGGGGUGAGGGUCAACAGCUACCACGGUUACACUAAACCAGUCAACGCUUUCAUGAGAGAUUACAUUUUUCUCAGAAUAAUUCCAGCAUACAAGGCACGCCACCGUAAUGUCCAAGGCUUCAAAUCCAACGGACACAAAAUCCAGUUUAGAAAUUGCGAUGCCAAUCCCAACAGCUAUUUUGCAUUCUUUCCAAACCACAAUAUGCAAACUCCCAGUAACUAUGGUGCUAGCUGGCAUAUCUACGAAACAAGCCGCAUAGCGGUAGACUGGCGCUCCAAAGCAAUUCCCAUCACCAAUCCUGUUCGCACCAUGCCGAACGAGUUCUUUUUCUUGACGGAGCUGCAUUUUGGUGGUUGUGGCACCUACACCUCCAGUAACCGCUGGUUCAAGUUUGGCUUUCAAGCCACCGCCAUUGGAAUUCGCUAA